CAAUAGCAAAUAUAAACUUCAAAAUAAAACCUGCUAAGCCAGUUCUGAUAAGAAUAUGAGGCUCAACGUUGACCUGGGCGUUGUGGUCACUGCACUGACAGCUACAGGUUGCUGUAACAAUUUCGAUUUCGCGGAAACACCCGAACCCCAGUCAACCCCACCCCCAACCCCGACAAUCUGAUUCUCUAGUUCAGAACCAUGGCCAGCGCCUGCUGCGCUCCCCCAGGAAGUGGCCACCAUCGUCAGCGCACAAUUGACAAACCACGACAGGAAACACUGAAAAUCGUUAGACAAAACACAUCUCUGGGAGGCGUUUUUCUGUCUUUACGUACAUCCCUCCCCUCUCUGUAGUAUCUCGCAGCAAAUCCCCGGUGGUGCCUGGAGAGUUAAAGCGCAGAAGAGACGUAAGCAGCAACACUUUCAUUCGACAGGGGUGUUGGUGUCGGUGCGACCAGUCUCACCAGGCUCGCCCAACACUAGAAGGUCUUCGGUUUGAAUCAAAAUGCUAGAUCCAUCAUCGAGCGAGGAGGAGACCGAAGAGGUGCUGGAAGAGGAGCGCAAAGUAGUGGCAGCACCAAAGGUUGGCGGCGCCCGCGUCUCUCCAAGUCGGACCAGUGAAAGCUCUGCUGGCUUGCAACCCAGUCGGAGCAGCAAUGUCCGUCCAUCAAGUCCUAGCCCUUCGGUGGCGAGUGAAAAAGAGAAGGAGGACUUGGAAAAGAUGCAAAGAGAGGAAGAUGAGCGAAAGAAGAGACUGCAGCUGUAUGUCUUUGUCAUGCGCUGCAUCGCUUAUCCAUUCAAUGCUAAACAGCCAACCGACAUGGCGAGGCGGCAACAAAAGAUCAGCAAGCAGCAGCUUCAGACGGUCAAGGAACGCUUCCAGUCCUUCCUGAGCGGAGACACGCAGAUUGUGGCGGACGAGGCGUUCAUCAAUGCAGUGCAGAGUUACUACGAGGUGUUCCUGAAGAGCGACCGGGUGUCGCGCAUGGUGCAAAGCGGCGGAUGCUCCGCAGCGGACUCGCGCGAGGUCUUCAAGAAGCACAUCGAGAAGCGCGUGCGCAGCCUGCCCGAGAUCGACGGCCUGAGCAAGGAGACGGUGCUGAGCUCCUGGAUGGCCAAGUUCGACACCAUCUACCGCGGCGAGGAGGACCCGCGCAAGCACCAGCAGCGGCUGACGGCCAGCGCCGCCUCCGAGCUCAUCCUCAGCAAGGACCAGCUCUACGAGAUGUUCCAGGGCAUCCUCGGCAUCAAGAAGUUCGAGCACCAGCUGCUCUACAACGCCUGCCAGCUUGACAAUCCAGAUGAGCAAGCAGCUCAGAUCAGGCGGGAGCUGGAUGGCCGGCUGCAGAUGGCCGAUCUGAUUGGCAGGGGCGGCAAGUUCCCGCGCUUUGUGUCGCGCGAGAUGGAGGCCAUGUACAUCGAGGAGCUGAAGUCCUCGGUCAAUCUGCUGAUGGCCAACCUGGAGAGCAUGCCGGUGUCCAAGGGCGGCGAGUUCAAGCUGCAGAAGCUGAAGAGAGGUCACAACACCUCCAUCAUCGACAUGGGCCAGGAGGACGAGAACCAGCUCUCCAAGUCUGACGUGGUGCUCUCCUUCACACUGGAGGUGGUGAUCAUGGAGGUGCAGGGCCUGAGGUCGCUGGCGCCCAAUCGCAUCGUCUACUGCACCAUGGAAGUGGAGGGAGGCCAGAAGCUCCAGACGGACCAGGCUGAGGCCUCCAAGCCCACGUGGGGGACGCAGGGGGACUUCACCACCACUCACCCGCUGCCUGGCGUCAAGGUGAAGCUGUUCACAGAGAGCACUGGAGUCCUGGCCCUGGAGGACAAGGAACUGGGCAGGGUGGUAUUGCAUCCAACGCCCAACAGCCCCAAACAGGCAGAGCUGCACAAGAUGACCGUGUCCAAAGGCUGCCCCGACAGUGACCUCAAGAUCAAACUGGCUGUCCGCAUGGACAAGCCUCAAAACAUGAAGCACUGUGGGUACCUGUGGGUUAUUGGGAAGAACGUGUGGAAGAGGUGGAAGAAGAGAUUCUUCGUCCUGGUGCAGGUGAGCCAGUACACCUUCGCCAUGUGCAGCUACCGGGAGAAGAAGGCCGAGCCCGUGGAGCUGCUGCAGCUGGACGGAUACACUGUGGACUACACCGACCCUCAACCUGGUCUGGAUGGCGGCCGGGCCUUCUUUAACGCUGUGAAGGAGGGCGACACUGUGAUCUUUGCCAGCGAUGACGAGCAGGACCGGAUCCUGUGGGUGCAGGCCAUGUACCGGGCCACGGGCCAGUCCCACAAGCCCGUGCCGCCCACACAGGUGCAGAAGCUCAACUCCAAAGGGGGCACGGCGCCCCAGCUCGACGCACCCAUCUCCCAGUUCUACGCAGAUCGGGCCCAGAAGCACGGCAUGGACGAGUUCAUCUCCGCCAACCCCUGCAGUUUUGACCACGCGUCCCUGUUUGAGAUGCUGCAGCGGCUCACGCUCGACCACAGGCUCAACGACUCCUACUCCUGUCUGGGCUGGUUCAGUCCCGGCCAGGUGUUUGUGCUGGACGAGUACUGCGCGCGGAACGGUGUGCGGGGUUGCCACCGCCACCUGUGCUACCUGCGCGACCUGCUGGAGCGCGCGGAAAACGGCGCCAUGAUCGACCCCACGCUGCUGCACUACAGCUUCGCCUUCUGCGCCUCCCACGUCCACAGCAAUAGGCCUGAUGGGAUAGGCACCGUGUCCGUGGACGAGAAGGAGCGCUUCGAGGGCAUCAAGGAGAGACUACGCGUCCUGUUGGAGAACCAGAUCACACACUUCAGAUACUGCUUCCCAUUCGGCAGACCAGAAGGGGCCCUGAAGGCAACGUUGUCCUUGUUAGAAAGGGUCCUGAUGAAGGACAUUGUCACGCCCGCGCCUCAGGAGGAGGUGAAAAAUGUCAUCCGAAAGUGUCUGGAACAGGCAGCCUUAGUCAACUACCAGCGACUCUCUGAGUAUGCCAAAGUAGAAGAGAACGUGGGCCGCCUAGUCACUCCGGCCAAGAAGCUGGAGGACACCAUCCGGCUGGCCGAGCUGGUCAUCGAGGUCCUGCAGCAGAACGAGGAGCACCACGCAGAGGCGUUUGCGUGGUGGUCGGACCUGAUGGUGGAGCAUGCGGAGACCUUCCUUUCUCUGUACGCGGUGGACAUGGACGCUGCUCUGGAGGUGCAGCCCCCGGACAGCUGGGACAGCUUCCCCCUCUUCCAGCUGCUCAACGACUUCCUGCGCGUCGACUAUAACCUGUGUAAUGGGAAGUUCCACAAGCACCUGCAGGACAUGUAUGCCCCCCUAGUGGUGCGCUAUGUGGACCUGAUGGAGUCCUCUAUCGCCCAGUCCAUCCACCGGGGCUUCGAGAGGGAGACCUGGGAGCCUGUCAAGAGUCUAACAAGUAAUCUUCCCACUGUCAACCUUCCUAAAGUGACAAACGUAGCUGUGCCAUCCGUUAACCUGCCUAGCUUUUCCACUCCAGCAUGGAUGACAGCCAUGUCAGACACAGACAAUGGCUCGGGGACGUCGGAGGACCUCUUCUGGAAGCUGGACGCUCUGCAGACCUUCAUCCGGGACCUGCACUGGCCAGAGGAGGAGUUCGGGAAGCACCUGGAGACGCGCCUCAAGCUCAUGUCCAGCGACAUGAUCGAAUCCUGUGUCAAACGCACGCGGGCCGCCUUCGAGGCGAAGCUCCAGCGGAGCAGCCGGACAACAGAUUUCCGCGUGCCGCAGUCCAUAUGCACCAUGUUCAACGUGAUGGUGGACGCCAAGGCCCAGUCGGCCAAGCUGUGCGCCAUGGAGCAGGGCCAGGAGCGGCAGUACCACUCUCAAAUCGACAAUCUGAUUGAGGAGACGGUGAAGGAGAUGAUCACCCUGCUGGUGGCUAAGUUUGUUGUCAUUCUGGAGAGCGUCCUGGCCAAGUUGUCCCGUUAUGAUGAAGGAACACUCUUCUCCUCCUUCCUAUCUUUCACAGUGAAAGCAGCCUCAAAAUAUGUGGAUGUACCUAAGCCCGGGAUGGAUGUGGCAGACAGCUACGUGACCUUCGUGCGUCACUCCCAGGACAUGCUGCGGGAUAAGGUCAAUGAGGAGAUGUAUAUAGAAAGGUUAUUUGAUCAAUGGUACACCAGCACCAUGAACCUGCUGGGCACCUGGCUGACAGACCGCAUGGACCUGCAGCUCCACGUCUACCAGCUCAAGAUCCUCAUACGCGUGGUCAAGAAAAAAUACAGGGACUUCCGUCUGCAGGGUGUGCUGGACUCCACCCUCAACAGCAAGAUGUACGACACUGUGCGCAACCGCCUGAUGCUGGAGGAGGCCACGGCGUCCGUGCGGGAGGGAGGCAUGGCCGGUAUCUCCAUGAAGGACAGUGACACAGAGGACUGAACAAAAAAACAAAACAAAACAAACAUGGCUGCCGAUGCUGUUUCCACACUCACAUCUAAGCCGGUCACACAAGUGCAUGUUAAUGACUCCCGUCCGUCGGCCAUUUUUUUUCCAACACAAAUGCUGGGUUUGUUUUUGUUUUUUCAUUUCCCCCCUGAAUUUCACAAAGUCUUCAUUUUGCCCACGAGGGACCAAACAAAAACAAAAAGAGCCAUUGAGCUUAACUUGCCGAUUCGGCGUAACUAUAGCUAUUGUAUCAAGGAAAUUGAAAAAAAGAAAACCUACAAAAAAAUGAAUGUUGUACAACUAAAGUUUAGAAAAUUGUCCAGAUUUCAUCUUUCAGUGUCUGAGCAAUAUGGAGUGUCGUGUGUGUGUGUGUGUGUGUGUUCGCUGAGUGAGAUAAGUAGGAGUAUGUGAAGCUAAGCUAAUGUGUGUCCUCUUGCUCAGUGCUGGUCUCAAUGGUUCUCCUUUACUGUCCCUACGCGAAUGGGCUCUCCAGUUGUGCAUAGUAGACUCCCGUGCUGGGCCAUGUUCAGUGUGUCUGAUUGUACACUCGGAUGAUAAAAGCUCGAUCUGGGUUAAUUUCAACUGUUUGCCAUGCUUGGGUAGUAGAGGAAACUGUUAUUUGUUUGUGUUCACACAAACCUGUAGCUCUUCAUUGUCUUCUUCCAGGACCAGGGCUGCGUUUCUCGACAACAUUGUUGCUAAGUUAGCAACUGACUUAGUUGCAAUGCAAUUCCCAAUUGGAAACCUUGUAAGUUGCUAACUUAGCAACGAUGCUUCGAGAAACGGGGCCCGGAAUUCCAAGACCUUUUAAAAACUAAUAAUAACAAAAAAACAGCUGUUGUUUUAGAAAUGCAAUACAUGCCCAAAAUAUCACAGUGGUUGUUCUUUUUUCACCGAUAUUAUCAAUAUUUUUUAUGCUUUUAAAACCACACACAAUUUUUUUAAUAGGCGAUGUUCUAUUUUAGUUACGUUGUAUUGUAUUUUAUGUAUUCUAUUUGACACAAAGGCAAUCUUUUUCCCUCCUCUGUUUAGCUUUUCACGCCAUCCCCCGCAUAUGAUGUUUCACAUUUUGUUUCCUGAAUGGAGUGUAGGAUGAUGUUUGCCAGUACUGCCUUCACCUUCCUUGUCUCUGGUGCAUAGACGAUGCUGUACAUUGCCCUCGGUGCAGUAGCUGCAUGUUUCCCAGUGCCCAACCUCUCUCUCUCUCUCUCCCUCCCUCUCUCUCCCUCUCUGUCUCUCUCUCUCUUUCUCUGUCUCUCCCUCCUUCCCUCCGGAAGCUCUUUGUUUUUUCUGUGUAAAGCUAAUGGUGGAUACAUCUUGCUUCUGCCUUACGGUAAGCCCACAGUCCAGACGCAAAAUGACUUGGGCCUACACCAACAAAAAAAGUCAAAAACAAAAACAAAAAAAUA